AUGAAUGAUUACGUGAUGAUGAUGCCGUUCAAGCGGCAGGCUCUGGUGGAGUUCGAGGAGGUUCAGAGCGCUGACCGCUGCGUGGCGUGUGGCUCGCAGGAGCCCGUCUACAUCGCAGGACAGCAGGCCUACUUCAACUACUCCACCAGCAAACGCAUCACGCGGCCCACCAACGCCGACGACCCCAACAGCGGGAACAAAGUGCUGCUGCUGUCCAUCCAGAACCCGCUCUACCCCAUCACUACGGAUGUUUUGUACACGGUCUGUAACCCGAUCGGAAGCGUGCUGCGGAUCGUGAUCUUCAAGAGGAACGGGAUCCAGGCCAUGGUGGAGUUUGAAUCCAUCCAGAACGCUCAGAAGGCCAAAGCCGCCCUCAAUGGGGCUGACAUCUACGCUGGCUGCUGCACGCUGAAAAUCGAAUACGCUCGGCCCUCACGCCUCAACGUCAUCAGAAACGACAACGACAGCUGGGACUACACCAAACCCUUCCUGCUGCGCCGAGAGCGCGGUAAAGGCCGACAGCGGCAGGCCAUCCUGGGAGAACAUCCGUCCUCAUACAGCGAUAACGGAUACGGCUCUCACUGCCCCCUGCUGCCGCUGCCUGGUAAUAACCGCUUCAAGCGCGGCUCUCAUGAUGUCCCGGAGGUGGUGGCGUAUCCGCUGCCCCAGACAUCCUCAUACAUGAGCCACGCCUCCAGCUCCGUCGCCAUGGUGAGCGGCCUGCAUCCCGCCAAGAUGAACUGCACUCGCAUCUUCAACCUCUUCUGUCUCUAUGGAAACAUCGAGAAGGUGAAGUUCAUGAAGAGCGUCCCGGGCACAGCUCUAGUAGAGAUGAGUGAUGAUCUCCGUCUGUCGUGUGUGUGUGUGUGUGUGUGUGUGUGUGUGUGUAGCGUGUCGAAGCAGCACGCUGUGAUCCCCAGUCAGGUGUUUGAGCUGGAGGACGGCUCCAGCAGCUAUAAGGACUUCGCUAUGACGCGUAACAACCGCUUCACCAGCGCCGGCCAGGCGUCCAAGAACAUCAUCCAGCCGCCCUCCUGUGUGCUGCACUUCUACAACGUGCCGCCCUGCAUCAGCGAGGACGACCUGCAGCGGUUAUGCACAGAACACGACGUCCCAGGAUUCAGCAAAUACAAGGUGUUUGACGCCAAACCCAGCUCAAAGACCAUCUCUGGCCUGCUGGAGUUCGACAGUAAGACUCACGCCGUGGAGGUUCUGACGGUCCUCAACCACUAUCAGAUCCGGAUCCCCAACGGUUCAAACCCGUACACACUGAAGCUGUGCUUCUCCACCUCCUCACACCUCUGAGCCGGAGCGACCGACACCAUCGUCUUCAUCUUCAUCAUCACCACCUCCCCUCAGACCCCACUCACCCCCGGGUUUAGUCCUCUUUAGUUAUUCAUCUGUGAUCUGAUCAAACCAGGAAACACACACACCACUCACACACUCACUCGCAAACACGUACACACACACACACACACAGAGUCUGGAUGUGAAAUAUAAUGAUGUCACUCCAGAUGAUGCACCGACUCCACAGGAACCCCAUGAAGAGGCGAUGAAGGACACGGGUCGUUUGAUUGGUUUAUUUGCUCCGCAGACCAUCAUCAUCAUCAUCAUCAUCUGAACUGGAGAAACUGAAGGACUGACUGAAGGCAUCACGAAGCUGAACUGACGUGAUGAACUCUGUAUUAUUUAUGUGUGCAGCAGCGGCUUCACUAGAGACUACCGGAUCAGCUGCUGGGUUAACCGCUUAACUAGUCACAUGAGCUGUACUUCUGGUUUGGUUGAGUGAAUGCGGCUGCAGCCCUGAUCCAGACACACGUCACAUGAUCAGCAGUUCACCAGCUGUGCGUGAGGAUGUUCACUGAAGUUCAGACUAGCUAUUUAAUGACUACUAGUUAGUUUGUAAUUUACUCCGUUAGCACCAUUAGUUCAGUCUCUCCGGACAGUAACAGGAAGUGAUGCUCAGCUUUACUGAUCCACUAACAGAGCUUCUGCAGGGUUUUAGGUAAAGACAACACAACACAUCAGUAUGGUCUCUAAAUGUGGAUGUCUUGUUUUAGCAACACUUCAGAGUUUGAAAAUACAAACUCAAACUGAUCUUCAUUGCUUUUUAAUUCUUUUUACAAAAAGCUUAACUAGAAAUCAGAAUCUGUUCUGAUGGCGCUGCAAACAUCAAUCUCUUCCUCGGUGUCUUUCUCUUGUUUUCCAGUACAAAUAUCAUUUUGCAUCUCCAGUCAAUGUCUCCUGA